AUGUUUAAUUUUUUAAUUCAUCAUUUGUAAACAAACAUAAAAAACAUAAAAUGGUACAUAUUUACGAAAUUCAAAAUUAGUAAAUAUGAAUAAUUAUUUAUACACGAUCAGUAUUUUUAUGCUUAUUAUACAAUGCCAUUUUAAGUGGUCAUUAGCUGAAUUAAAAUCUAGAAACGACGUUAUAAACCACUUGGGUACCCGUACGCCAUAUAGAUUUAGAUUUAACAAACAUGAUGAUAGAAUUAAAUAUCCGAAAUGUAAAGACACGAAAAUAUGGAUGAUAGUAAGGCAUGGAACAAGAUUACCAAGCGCUGAAAACAUAAUGGGAAUGUAUAAUGAACUUCAUGAACUAAAGAACCUUAUUAUACUGCAAAAUAAACUGGGGAAAGAAAAUGGGAUUUCAUUAUCAGGAAACUUGAAUAAAGAGCAAAUAAAAGGAUUCAAAGACUGGUCAUGUAAUUUAAAUGUGGAAGAAGCAAAAUUCUUGACCUUAGAGGGGAAGGAUGAAAUGAUUUUACUGGCAGAGCGAACACGGAAAAGAUUUCCUAAUGCUAUUAAACAUAAAUAUGACAACAAAACUUUCUUGUUCCGAUUUACUGCAACACAAAGGGCACAUCAAAGCGCACGGUAUUUCACUCAAGGGUUAUUUAGUCAUAGUGAUGCUCAGAAUGUUGAAUUUGCACCAGCCACCAAAGUUGAUCAUGUAUUGAGGUUUUACAAACAUUGUGACAAGUGGCAAAAGCAAGUUAAGAAAAACCCAGACACUUACAAGGAGCAAGUGUUGUUAGCAAACAGUAGUGAAAUGAAUCGCACUUUAGAAUCGGUUACAAAAAGAUUGGGCCUGAGUAGACCAGUCACAUUAGAUGAGGUGAACCUGAUGUAUAAGAUAUGUGGCUAUGAAACCUCAUGGAACAAGUUCGACGUUUCACCAUGGUGCUAUGCUUUUGACACGGAAAGUGCAGAGAUACUAGAAUACUAUCAUGAUCUUAAACACUACUGGAUGGAUGGCUAUGGUCACAAUCUGACGUAUCGUCAAGCUUGCUUGGCAUUGCAGACGAUGUUCAAGAUGUUCAGGUCAGACCAUGAUCCAUUUGCAACAUUCCUAUUUGCUCACUCUGGGACCCUGGUGAAGAUCCUCACGCAUUUGGAGCUGUUCAAACCGGAGCAACCUCUCACUGCUGGACUGAUAGAUAAGACGAGACAGUGGAAGGCAUCCUACAUAGACUGUUUUGCUUCUAAUUUGGCGUUUGUAUUGUAUAAGUGUAAAGAUGGCGAUCAUGUUCUAACGCUCUUUCAAGAGAGACCAAUCAAACUUCCAAUGUGCGACAAGGAAUUAUGUCCGUUAAAACAAUUAGAGCAUUAUUUUUAUGAUUCAAUACACAAAUGCAACUAUGCUGAUUUAUGUAAUCUAGAUAAAGAAGAAAAAGAUAAAAACAGCCAAUGAAGGUUUUAAUGAAUAUUUCAUGACAAAAAAAUUACCGCUAUAUUGAUGGUCGGCCCUCAGCCGUAAUAGUGCAUCUGAAUAUAAUGCAGUUAUCAUAAAACAAGUCAAUCCAAUAGGUAUUCUUUAAACAAAUCGACAACUGAAGCUACGCUGAACUACGGUUUUGCAUAUGAUCCUGUGUUUCUGCCUUUGAUACAAAAUAGCACAUAAACAAAAUUGUUGUUAUGUAAUAUUACGAAGAAAAGCAGCUGCUUUCUUAAACCGUGCCGCAAAUAUAUCUAGGCGAUAGCGUUCGCCAAACUGUACGUAAUCAGCGAAGGUUAGCGAAACCCAUUUGUUGGCUUCUUGACUUGAUGAGUAUCUAGCCAGUUCUAGGUGAUAACUGUUGGCUCUAUGUACCUAUAUGAACUGAUACGAGUUGGUCUGUGCAAGUAGAACGAAUAGGUAGGUACAAGUUUUUCGCAAAUCCCACGUGAACGUUUGCUGGGGUGAAAAGUACCCUAUGUCCUUCUUCGGUAGAUAACGCGUGAAGAGACAACAAACAAACAAUUUUAUUACAUAGUUAAUACCUUUUGCACGAAAAACUAAAACAGAUGAAUUUAACUAAGAGUAUACCUAGAUACUUGUAUUACAACGAUAUUUGCUUGUUAAUUACAUAAGACAGAUAAUUGUUUUAUAAAUAAAUAAAUAGUUAUUUCUUACAUAUUC